UCAUCGUCGUCCCAGGGACCGCGCUCCAGGUCCAGGUCGAGGUGCAGGGGGCCCCCGGCCGCCGCAUCGGGGACAGCUUCAUGGACGGCCUCAAGGAUGGCGUCAUCCUCUGCGAGCUCAUCAACAAGCUGCAGCCCGGCUCCGUGCAGAAGGUGAAUGAACCCGUCCAGAACUGGCACAAGCUGGAGAACAUUGGGAACUUCCUGCGGGCCAUCACGCGCUACGGGGUGAAGCCCCAUGACAUCUUCGAGGCCAAUGACCUCUUUGAGAACACCAACCACACGCAGGUCCAGUCCACCCUCAUCGCCCUCGCCAGCCAGGCCAAGACGAAGGGGAACAACGUGGGUUUGGGGGUGAAGUACGCGGAGAAGCAGCAGCGGCGCUUUCACCCCGAGAAGCUCCGUGAGGGCAGGAACAUCAUCGGCCUCCAGACUCCACACGUCCCUGCGUGUCCCCACAGAACCCGCACGUCCCUGCGCAUCCUCGUGCCCCUCAUCGUGGCACUACCAGUGACAAGAACACGGAGCCCCGGCCCAGCCCCACAAGAGCGUUUAUUGGAAGGCGGCCCUGCCGAAGCGCGUCGCCUGCGCGCCCGGCCCCCGGCCCUGUGUCCCUGCAGCUCACUGGCGAGCGGCAAUUGA